CAACUUGAGAGAUUUUAAGUGAAUAUUAGUGAAGACAUCUUGGAGAAAAGGAGCACUUGUAAUCCCGCCACCUUAAAACAUUUCUUUUCCAUUUAUUAAAUACUACCUUCUGGGUCUUGUCUAGGAGUAUAUGUUCUCACACACUGGCUGUCUAGUGUACAUCUUAUUUUAUAUCCUUUUCCCCUUUAAAAUAAUCUUUAUAUGUUUAAAAAAUUAUUAAUAAAUAGCUGGGGAAAAAAAGAAACUUGUAGUGUAUGCAGAUACCAGGUAGGUGGGUUCUGUGUAUGUGUGUGUGUGGUUGCCCCACCACACACACACAUUAUAGCUAGAUUAGCAGUCACUCCUCACCUUGGCACCUAUCUUUACACAGUUAACUAGGCUAAAUUUGUGUAUGAGUAUAUAUAUAUUUUAAACCCUUACAACAUCUCACUUUCUUGAGUAUAAACAUGUACCAGUUUUUAUUUUUCCAAAGCACUGUCCCACUAAAGAUACCUGACUGCUUGACUCCUUACACCAAAGCUUUCUUUGAUAUCUUUCUACCUUCUUACCUUUCUGCUUACCCAGAACAAAGCCUGAAUAUAUUCCCCAAAGAAGCCUUAAAUUGUCUCAGCAUACUUUAUUGCUUGCAUACCUUUUCAUAUCCAAAGCCACUUUGUCCCUCUUCUCCAAUAUUCAUAUCCUAUUUACUUCUGUAUUCACAGAUCCUGUACUGCAUUCAUACUUACUCUGUACAAUAUCAUCUUCCCCACCUUCAUUUCACUUAGAUCCUAAUUUCUUUUACCCUAUUCCAUCCCUUUCUUUUGGUGCCUUCCUCCAACCCCAGGGUUUCUGUAUUUUGUCAUUCAUAGCUCUCACUCUUACCCUCUCUGGAAGUUCUGUUUUCUCACCCUUCACCAAAAGCUCACACUCUGAUAAUGUAUAUGUGGUGCCCAGUUGAGUGCUUCUGAAUCAAUACUGAUUUUUGAAACAGUGAAAUCUAAGCUAUUAGCAUGGAAGUAACCCCUGAGAAGAUAAGGUCUCCACUUGAAAGCUUCAGAUUCUCCUUUUAGUGUUGAAUGAUGGAAUUUUAUCUAAUAUUAUCUGAGAUGGGUUAACUACUAGAACCACAAGAAAUAUCCGCUAUUGUAAAAUGAGACUAGGUCUUUGAUGAUUUUAUACUUCUAUUUUGACUGACCUGAGAAAUAAAACUUGGCACCUCAGGGAAGGUAAUUCUUAUGUUUUUUGUUACAUUGAGCAUUAAUUAUUUGGAAUUAUAGAUUAGAAAAUUUUGUUUAAUCCAAUCUCUCAGUUCAUGCAGAAGUCCCUUCCAGUGAUGGGAGGAGGUCAUCACAACAAAGCACCCCAACCCAUUUUGUACCAUUAUUGAUUCCUGUAAUCCACAUCUGAACAUUUAUGCAGCCUGAACUUGCUUUAAGUUUUUUAGCAGCCAUGUAAUAUUGGCUCAUGAUGAAUUUGUAAUUAACCUAAACCCCAAGUUUUUAAUCUGGAGGUUUGCACAUGACUUCUUUCCAAACCAAGUCUCAAUUUUUCUUCUAGUUUUUAACCAGAAUGUAAGACUUUAUGUUUAUCACGAUUGAAUUUUAUCUUACUAGCCUAUCAUGUAGCCUUGUUUUUUUCUGAAUCCUGAGUUUUGUCUUCCAACUUAUUAUAAGUUGAUUCAACAAAGGGCCUUAAAGCUAGUGUCAGGAUAUUUUCAAACAUCUGGGAACUAUAUAAUUAAUCAAAAGUCAUGGAGACUAUCUUCCAAAAAUUGUCAUAUGUAGAUAUAACUCAGCUCUUUAGGUAUACGUGAAUUAAUACCACUAUAACUUGAUAAAGCCAGGAAUUACUGAAGUCUAAUGCCAGCCUGCAGGGGAGAUGUCUUGGGUUGAACAUUUCCCCGGGAGACAUGAUGUGCCAAGACAUUGUGCCAACGCAAUGCCAAAAUAGCUGGCAAAUUCCAAGAAAUCAUAAUGCACACAUGAAGUAGAGGCAGAGUAAUUAUGACCAUUCUUUUAUUUUGCAUUUGGCAAGCAUAUACUGUGUACAAUGUCAGUCAGGCACUGUGCGAGAUUCUGGAGAACUGGGUUUGUCUCAUAGCUGGGGUGACCACAUGCUCUGGUUUACCUUGGGCAACCCUGAUUUAUACCUGUUGUCCUGUUGUAAUUAUCAAUAGCAUCAUUUUUCACUUUCAAAAGUGUCCAGGUUUGGAGGGUAAAUUAUCUGAUUACCCUUCUCGUAACCCAACCUGUUCCUUUUAGUAUUUAUCUAGGUUAGAUAUUACACAGCUACAAUUUGGCAUCUUUGGUGAAGCUGUAAUAGUAUUACUCUUCCAUUUGAAUAGACCAUUCCUUGACCAUGGGAAGUUGAUAGAAAAAGUAACUGCAAAAAUUAAGGUGUAUGGAAAUUUAGGAUUUUUCCUGAGCCAACCAACAAAAAAUGGAUUCUUGUUUGUGCAUGAAAAUCUGAAGCAAUUGGAUGCUCUCAGCACAUUGGAACCAAUAUUGUGCAUAAAAAAAAGGUGGACAAAUCCUAUUUUCAAGAGAAGAUGACUUUUAACAGUUUUGAAGGAUCUAAAACUUGUGUGCCUGCAGACAUCAAUAAGGAUGAAGAAUUUGUAGAAGAGUAUAAUAGAUUAAAAACAUUUGUUAAUUUCCCAAGUAGUAGUCCUGUUUCAGCAUCAACACUGGCACGAGCCGGUUUUCUUUAUACUGGGGAAGGAGAUACUGUGCGGUGUUUUAGUUGUCAUGUUGCAGUAGAUAGAUGGCAAUAUGGAGACUCUGCAGUUGGAAGACACAGGAAAGUAUCUCCAAAUUGCAGAUUUAUCAAUGGCUUUUAUUUUGAGAAUAAUGCUGCACAGUCGACAAAUCCUGGGAUCCAAAAUGGUCAGUACAAAGUUGAAAACUGUCCAGGAAACAGAAAUCAUUUUGUUUUAGACAGGCCAUCUGAGACUCAUGCAGACUAUCUUUUGAGAACCGGACAAGUUGUAGAUAUAUCAGAUACCAUAUACCCGAGGAACCCUGCCAUGUGUAGUGAAGAAGCGAGAUUAAAGUCAUUUCAGAACUGGCCAGACUAUGCACAUUUAACCCCAAGAGAGUUAGCUAGCGCUGGACUUUACUACACAGGUAUUGAUGAUCAAGUACAGUGCUUUUGUUGUGGUGGAAAACUGAAAAAUUGGGAACCCUGUGAUCGUGCAUGGUCAGAACACAGGCGACACUUUCCUAAUUGCUUCUUUGUUUUGGGCCGAAAUGUUAAUACUCGAAGUGAAUCUGAUGUCAUGAGUUCUGAUAGGAAUUUCCCAAAUUCAUCAAAUCCUCCAAGAAAUCCAGCCAUGGCAGAUUAUGAAGCACGGAUCCUUACUUUUGGGACAUGGAUAUACUCAGUUAACAAGGAGCAGCUUGCAAGAGCUGGAUUUUAUGCUUUAGGUGAAGGUGAUAAAGUAAAGUGCUUUCACUGUGGAGGAGGGCUAACUGAUUGGAAGCCCAGUGAAGACCCUUGGGAACAACAUGCUAAGUGGUAUCCAGGGUGUAAAUAUCUGGUAGAAGAGAAGGGGCAAGAAUAUAUAAACAAUAUUCAUUUAACCCAUUCACUUGAGGAGUCUCUGGGAAGAACUGCUGAAAAAACACCAUCACUAACUAAAAGAAUUGAUGAUACAAUUUUCCAAAAUUCUAUGGUACAAGAAGCUAUACGAAUGGGAUUCAGUUUCAGGGACAUUAAGAAAAUAAUGGAGGAAAAAAUUCAGACAUCUGGGAGCAACUAUAAAUCACUUGAGGUUCUGAUUGCAGAUCUAGUGAGUGAUCAGAAAGGCAAUUCACAAGAUGAAUCAAGUGAGACUUCAUUGCAGAAAGAGAUUAGUACUGAAGAGCAACUAAGGCGCCUGCAAGAGGAGAAGCUUUGCAAAAUCUGUAUGGAUAGAAAUAUUGCUGUAGUUUUUAUUCCUUGUGGACAUCUGGUCACUUGUAAACAGUGUGCUGAAGCAGUUGACAAAUGUCCCAUGUGCUACACAGUCAUCACUUUCAAGCAGAAAAUUUUUAUGUCUUAAUCUGACUUCGCUCUGUGUUUUGUUGUUCUUAUCACCCUGAUUGAAUGUGUGAUGUGAACCAACUUUAAAUAAUCAGCAUUGAAUUUCAUUAGCAUUUGCUACCCAAGUAGGGAAAAAAAUGUAAACUGUAAUGUUUUAGUUGACAAUCUAAAAUUUGAAUUUCUGGAGUUUUCAGGAAAUUAGUUAUAUUAUUUAUCCUAUUUUUUACUGUUAUUUCAUUGAAAUCCUAGACAUAGGUAAGAAGCAUCAUAUUAUAACUGAUCACAAUGUGUAUCUGUAGUACCCCGACUUAGUUUGUAAAUGUAAUUGAAUUAAUCAACCGAAUUUUUCAUUCUUUUCAGCUAGGCUUAGCAAAUGGAGCAUUUGGUGUAAAUGUGGAGAUGAGAGUUAAUCUUCCCAAUCACAUAAUUUGUUUUUUGUGUGAAAAAGGAUUGAACUGUUCCACACUGGUGGAAAGAUUGAGAUUAUUUUUAGGUUUUUGUCUUUGUGUUUCAGGACUGUGUCUGCUUUCUUUUAAAAAUAUACACCCAGUUGUGUGAAUGAUUUUAAAAAGUGACUAUGCCAUUUCUAAAGGGUAUUUUAAUGAUAGAAUACCAUCUAGCCUGCAUGUACUGACAUGGAAAGAUGUCAAAGAUAUAUUGUGUAAAAUGCAAGUGGCAAAACUUUAUGUGUGGUAUAAGCCAAAUAAAGGGGUGUGUGUGUGUAUGUGUAUAGAACAAAAGGUUUGGAAAGAUGCACACCAAACUGUUAAGUGUGGUUUCUCUU